AUGGAAACGGUAGUCAACACCGGGACUGCCCCCCAGGAUGAGAUGCCCAGCUUGCAGGGCAGCCAGGUCUCACAGGUGCUGCCCAAGCCAGGCCCGCAGCCCAGUGCCCAGGACCCGCCACAGACGCCCAGCCAAGGGGGCCCAGCCAGCACAUUGGCGGAAAUGGCGGCUGUCGGCCAGAGCAGCCAUGGUGGCUCUAGCGGUGAGAAGCAGAAGCAGCAGCAACAGCACAUCGAUUGCCUGGUAUGUGGGGACAAGUCCAACGGCAAGCACUACGGCCAGUUCACAUGCGAGGGCUGCAAGAGCUUCUUCAAGCGCAGUUUGGGGAAGAGCCUGAACUUCACGUGUCAUGCCAACCAAGACUGUCGCAUUGACCGGCACCAACGCAACCGGUGCCAGUACUGCCGCUUCAAAAAGUGCAUCGACGUGGGUAUGAAAAGAGAAGUAGUGCAUAAGAACGGGAGACCGCUCGCCCAGCCAACCGAUGGGCAGUUAGUGAUGGCCAACGGGGAAUCCCUCAACUCCCGCUCUAACCUGUCUGGAUAUAUUUCUCUGCUGCUCGGUGCCGAGCCCUAUACCCUGUUUGGGUCCGGCAGUGAAUGCGUGCAGCCCAACGAUGUCUUGACCCUUGAGAACAUUUGCGAACAGGCUGCCCGGGUGCUCUUCGGCGCCGUUGAAUGGGCCCGGAAGAUGCCCUUGUUCCCUGACCUGUCCAUCAAUGACCAAGUGGCCCUGCUUCGCCUCACCUGGUGUGACCUGUUCAUGCUGAACUGGGCACAGUGCUCCAUGCCCCUCCAUAUCAUCCCGUACCUGGCCACCACCAGCUUAUGCACCUCGCCGGCAUCCUCCAACCAGGGGUCCAUCUUUAUGGACCACGUAAAGAUUUUCCAAGAGCAAAUGGAAAAGUUCAAAGCUCUGCACGUCGACCCCCCCGAGUACAGCUGCCUCAAAGCCAUAGUCCUGUUCACUUCAGAUGCCCCUGGCCUCUCGGAUGUAGCCAAUGUGGAAAGCUUCCAGGAAAAGUCCCAGUGUGCUUUGGAACAAUACGUUAGGAGCCAGUACUCCAACCAACCAACGCGAUUUGGAAAGCUUUUGCUUCGCCUCCCUUCCCUCCGCACAGUCUCCUCCUCAGUGAUAGAGCAAUUAUUUUUCGUCCACUUGGUAGGUAAAACCUCCAUCAAAACCCUCAUCCGGGAUAUGUUACUGUCCGGUAACAGUGGUAACUAG